AUAAUAUAGAUUAUACAAUUUAUAAAUUAACAUCUACAAAAGCGAAAUCGUAUUUGCUCAUGAAUGUGAUUACAAUUAUCAGAAACACAUCGAUUUAUCUCGAAAGGUCAAUAGAGAAUAUAUUCGAGUGCAAUAAUCGUAGCUUGGAUUUUUACCGAUGUUCUAAUGAAUAAGAUAAUUUAUUUAAAACGUUUGUUUCGAUGCUUACUGAACCAAUUUCAAUCUGACACACUCGAGGCUUGGCAAGAAUUAUGCAAGACUAUCAGCGAUCCGAGUUGCAAACACAUGCAAUUGUCUGCAAACGAGUUCAUCAAAAAUUGAUGUCGCGAAAGAGAAAAGGAACAAGAACUUCAAGAAAUCGAUAGUUUAAUACGGGCAGAAAGUCUCCUUUAACAUCGAACACGGACAAGUAUCUCUUGAAAUAUGCGUGCUGUGACAAUAAUGGUGGCUCUUAUCUUUUUUUCACGAUUUAUUCGCAUCAGUACCAAAAGAAGUUUCAAACAAAUACAUUGCGAAAACGCGAACGAUCUGAAAUUGGUAGUCGAAGAAAUUGUAGAGGAAAUCGCCACUCACAGCAGCUGUAUAGUUUUUAUUACUGAUUCCGUUUAUCAUGGAUUGAUUGAUAUGCGUGCUAUUGAAAUAUCUGUCUUCUUUUCAAAGUUCAAUAUAAUCAUACGCGAUAAUGACAAUUUUUCUCGACCGAGAAAAAAAGUAUCAAGAGUUCUUCAAUAUAUUAAAGCAACAGGUUGCGAUGCGUAUGUUAUUCUAAUCGCUAACGGACUGCUAACAUCACGAUUUCUGCAAUAUGUUGAAGGAGAACGUCUGAUUAACACGCGGGGUUAUUUCUUACUUUUAUACGAUAGUCGACUAUUCAGGCCGGAAUUACACUACAUUUGGAACCGAAUUGUUAACGUAGUGUUCAUUCGACAAUACAAUACAUACAAGUAUCGUUCAGGUGAACGAGUCACCGUGGAGAGAAUUGAUCUCAAUACCGUUUAUUAUCCAUCGCAUACAAGAGAUUUCACGGCGAUCAAAUACAUCGAUACAUGGCAUAACGGCAAAUUGCGAUACGGUAAUGAUCACUAUAUGCCAAAAUCUAGAAACCUUCACGGCAAUGGUUUACGUAUACCCAACAACAUCGCGAACGAGAGAUGGGGUAAAGCGGGGGAUAACGACAGCUACACGGGUCUCCUCGGUGAAGCAAUUGCCGGGAAUGCUGAUUUCUUUCUCGGAGAUCUGUAUUAUACGCUGCAUCAUCUGAAUUAUUUUGAUCUGUCCACGCCGUAUAAUACGGAAUGUCUUACUUUCUUAACGCCAGAAGCAUUGACCGACAAUUCGUGGAAGUUAUUGAUACUACCUUUCAGGCCGAAUGCGUGGAUAGCGCUUCUCUGCACCCUAUUAAUGGGCGGUGGAGCUUUCUACGUGUUCGCGUUGUUCUACCGGAAGUACGUAGUCUCGCGAUCGUUUUUGAAAAACAACAAAACGAACGUAUACGAAAGGGGUACGAGGAGCACAAGGAAUUUGUACCUGUUCACCGAGUUUCAGAACAGCAUAUUAUACACGUACAGUAUGUUGCUGCAAGUUUCCCUACCGCGUUUGCCGAAUGUCUGGACUGUGAGGAUUUUCAUCGGCUGGUGGUGGAUCUACAGCAUCCUGGCGGCUGUUAUUUAUCGCGCCAGCAUGACGGCAACUUUAUCACAUCCCGUCGCUAAAGUAACUAUCGAUACUUUGGCACAGCUGACGAGAUCGUCAUUAACGAUUGGGGGAUGGAAUGAGGAGAGCAAGGGAUUCUUCCUCACCUCUUCAGAUCCACAUAGUCAAGAGAUCGGCAAUAAGUUCGAGUUGACGGACGACGAGGGGGAUGCGAUCGAUCGAGUGGCAAACGGGACGUUCUGUUAUUACGAGAACUCAUAUCUAUUGCAGCAUGCUCGCGGGAAACGAAUAUUCGAGAAGCAAAAUGAUCAGCCGAACUCGAAUGAGAAGAGCAUUGGAUCGACAGUCAAGUACAAUCUACAUAUUAUGGAAGAAUGUGUCGUUCACAUGCCGAUCGCAUUAGGUUUGGAAAAGAAUUCUCCGCUUAAGUCAUACGUGGAUUUAUGGGUGAGACGGAUGACGGAAAUCGGUUUGGUGCACAAGUGGCUAAGUGAUGUCAUGGAAUGGUCGAAGAUCAACGAGUCACAGCUGGAAUCGAAAUCCGAAACGGCGCUAGUAAAUCUACGCAAAUUAUAUGGCGCUUUUGUUGCUCUCGGGAUCGGUUAUCUUCUCGGUUUUAUCGCUUUACUUGGUGAAAUUCUAUAUUGGAGAUACGUCGUUUUAAAAGACCCGAGAUACGACAAAUAUUAUCUCGAUCAAUUUUAUAGAAACAAUAAUAGAUCAAAAGUUUGAUGCAGUUUUAUCUCUUUAUUUUAUGAUAUAAUCAAUCAAUAAAAAAAUAUGAUCCGUUAUAGCGCUCUUUUAAUCAUUCCGAAAUAUUAAAAUGGACUCAGCAAACCAUGAAUGUAAUUGCUAACAUAAAUGUA